AUGCCUGGCGGAAAGGGAAAGUCUAUCGGUGGAAAGGGCGGAAAGGGUGAUGCUGCGGGGAAGGCCCAAAAGUCUCACAGCGCAAAGGCUGGUCUGCAGUUCCCCUGUGGUCGUGUCAAGCGUUUCUUGAAGAACAACACUCAGAACAAGAUGCGUGUCGGUGCUAAGGCUGCCGUCUACGUGACCGCUGUUCUCGAGUACCUGACUGCCGAAGUUCUCGAGCUGGCGGGUAACGCCGCCAAGGAUCUCAAGGUCAAGCGUAUCACGCCUCGCCACCUCCAGCUCGCCAUCCGUGGUGAUGAAGAAUUGGAUACCCUCAUCCGCGCAACCAUCGCCUUCGGUGGUGUCCUGCCCCGCAUCAACCGUGCGCUGCUCCUAAAGGUCGAGCAAAAGAAGAAGGGUGGCAAGAUCGAGCUCUAA